UUUUUUUAGAUAUGACAGAGUAUAUGUCGUCAUAUUACGAUCCAACGACAGGAUUAGAAUUAAAUGGUAAACCGGAGGACGUCGAAAGAACUCCCAACCAAUUGCCAAAGCUUAUUUUUCGAGGAAUUCCAUGUUUCUGUAAUAAUAUGACCUGCGGUUGUUGUACGGGUGUCAAUAUAACCAAAAUAAAUUUUAAUCGACGUGCAUGCACCAAGUUCACAUACGAUCCACAAGAAUUUUCUAUCAACAUGUCCUUUAGUAUGAAUGAAAAAGAGAUAUUUUCUACUUCCUUGUCCGCGAAGAAUCCCCCACCAGUUUGCAUUCCGUUCGUCUAUAUACCAGUAAUAACGUUCUGUGCACGAUUCUUUGACGUUCAUACAACUGGCAUAAAUCUUCAUGCAUGUUUAGAUCUCGAAACACGAAUAAUAAACGCACCGAUUUUAAUUCUACAUUUCAAUUGCAUGAAAAUCGGUAUGAAUGGUGUAUCAUUAUCGAAACCGGAAGAUGAUCUUAUUCAUUCAUCGACGUCGAAUCAAAACGAGAAAGAUGAAGUUUACGACGAAGUCAAUUUCGAACAAUCGGAUAUCGAUGUAGUAACUAACAAUGUCCUUGGUACGACUUAUAGUCCUGAAGAAGAAGCUUCGAUCGGACAGUUAAAAUAUUAA